AUGGAUAACAAAGAGGAGUUGGAAGAACGACUGAAGAAGUUGUUAGUCCGACUGAACAACAUACAGGAAGGAAAGCAAUUAAGUACAAUGGUUCAAAUAAUCGACGAUCUUCUUUCUCUCACCUACACCAAAUACUGUGGUAAGAAGGAGUUGUUCAAAGACAAAUCGGUCCAUGUCCCGCUGAUGUUGGUUUUGUCGUUGUACAUCACGAGCAGAAGGAUUCAGCAGGUUGGAUGGUAUCUUCUAUGUCGACUGAUCGAAAUAUGCCCAGGCACGUUAGAUGAACUGGCCAGACCAUUAGAAACAGAGACGGAUUGGGAAAUCAUUGGCGUUAACCAACAGAUUCUGAAGGUGCUGUCUCGCUACAGUGGAGACAGUGAUGUGACGCAAAUGGGGCUGCAGACUCUCUCUGCUCUUCUCAGAUCAGACGAGAUUCUGAUGAUGAUUCUGGAGGAAAUGGAGGAUGUCUUUGACCUGGUGGUGGGGGCGAUGAAAAAUUUCCCCGACUUUGCGGAGAUUCAGCUGCAGGGAUGUCAGGCUCUGCAUUUGCUUCUGAAGAGAGUGUCAGAGGCGCAUCUGCUGGAGUUUGUGGAGGAGCAGGAUCACUCCGUGGUUCUCACGGCCCUCAGUAACUUCCAUGACAGAGAGGAAGUGGUUUUCUAUGGCCUCAAAGUUCUUGGCUCACUGGCUGGACCUGCCAUGAACGUGGAGACUCUGAUGUCUAAGAAUGAGCAGUGUUACCUGCUGGCCUGUCAGGUCAUGGAAGCGUUCUGCUUCUCUGAGGCUGUGCAGGAGGAGGCCUGUUCUCUGCUCCAAAAACUGACCUCAGAGAGUUAUUAUAAUAUCUUGGUUUUGAAUGGAGUCCAUAAGGCAGCUGUGAAAGCCUGUCGCAUGUACCCUCACAAUGCCCGGAUACAGACCACAGCUCUGACCUGCCUGGCCAAACUCACGGAAGCAAUCAUCCAGAGUAAAGGUCUGGAGAGACAGGUUAGUGAUGAAGAAGGUGAUGAUGAUGAUGAUGAUGAUGAUGAUGAUGAUGAUGAUGAUGGAGUGAGGCAGACAGAGAGUGAGGGGAGUGAGGAUGAGUUAUUUUGGGCAGAUGUCUGCUGUACUGCUCUGGAACAGCAUGCUGAAGAUGCACAAGUACAGGAAGCUGCUUGCUGUGCUUUGAACAGUUUGUUGGAGUGUGAGGGUGGGCUCAGACGUGUGUGUGUGGAGGAGGUGGAAAGGCCACCCAUGCACACUCUGGUUAUGACGGCCAUGCUCUCUCACUCCUGCUCUGAGAGCGUCUUUAAGGCGACGGCCAGGGCUCUGUGUUCUCUCAUUCACCGUAACGGUAAAAUUGGGACACUGCUGUUGUCUCUUGGCAUCCACUUCAACGUUUUUGAGAUAUUGAAAAAGCACGCAAACUCCGCUGAAGCGUGUGUGUGUGCUUGUCGACUGCUUCACACACUCUUCCAGAGAGGCAGAGUCAGUAUGGAUGUUGGACUCGGUGCUUUGCGACACAUCCGCACGGUGAUGCAGAGACAUAACUUUGACCCAGAGGUCCAGCUGCAGGGACUGAGGGCAAGUCUGGUGCUUCAUAACCCGGACAGGAGCCUGAGGGAGAAUGGUGUAUCAGUGGCAGAUCCAGACACACUGGAUGUGUCAUUGCGAGUUCUUAAGACUCAGUCUGUUGUAGAGGGAGCUCAUUCAGUUUACCUAGAGUGUCUCAACAGAUUUCUCAAUGAUGAGGCGAUACAGGAGUGUGGUCUGGGACUUCUUGUCACGUUGGCUGACUGUUCAGGUGCCGUGGACCUCAUGUGUCAACAGGGGGCGAUAGACACGGUGCUGCAUUCCCUCCAGAUGUACCCACAGAAACGAGAGACCCAUCACUGGGGUCUGAGUCUCCUGUGUUACCUCGUCUCCAAGAAGAAGCUCUCUCGCUCCCACGUCCCUGUGUUAGCCUCCACGGUGGUCCAGUCCAUACGAACACACAAGGAGGACGAAGAGAUGCUUCUCAAAGGUUUGCUGGUGGCAUUUAGGCUGUUGGAUGCCUGCUCUGGAGCAGCGGCCGUGCUGGCGGGGGAGGGGCUAGAGAGAGACAUCUUUCAGCAACUCAGAGACAAAACUGUGGAACAAGGACCUGACACGAGGGUGUGCUGUCUGUGUCUGAGUAAGAUGGUGCUGGAUCCAGACAUCAGGUACGGCAUGCUGGAGCACGCCUGUGAGGACGGUGACGUGGACAUGGCUGAGUGUCUGAUAGAACUGGGCACCGACAUCAACAAGAAAACCAAAACCGACUCCCUCAUAUAUCAGGUGUGUGAGCGUGGCGGUCCCGUGGCGUUGGUUGACUUGCUGAUCCGUUCCGGGGUUCACGAGCAGCAGCUGCGUGGAGCCCUGACCGCCAGUGUGAGGAGAGGGGACGGCCCAGUGGUGGUUCUCCUGCUGGCCCGUUUGGGUCUGGACCCCGCCAACAAUGCCCUGUGCUUGGGGGGGUUUCGCCUCAGCCGCCUGGAACCCUCCUGGCUCGGAGCUCUGCUUUCGGACCGUAGGGCCCCCCCGCCGCGCCAGAGAAACAGCAGAGGCCAGUAUUUGGCCAGACAGAUCCAGACUCUUCAGAGGAAAAAGUGUCACCAGAAGCUCUUGCUGGAGGUUCUCGGAGACCCCUUUAUCUCUGAGUAUUUGUCAGAGGAGGAGAACGAAGACUGGGUUUUCAUUUCCCCACAGAGCAGUCCAGUCUGUGUUCUAGACAGCGAUGCUGACUGGUUUCCCCGUAUGGUAAAAGUCCACAGUGCCCCAGGAGAGCUGAGGUCAGAGUUUGACACAGGGCAACAGGACCACAGCCGACGGGCACUUUCAGAGAGUACUUAUCCUGAGCCGAAUGACUCCAUACACAUGUGGAUCAGCAGGAUCUCUGAGAAUCAGAAUCAGAAAGAGCUCUGGUCUCCUGAGACCCCCUCCCCCACUGGUUCCCAGUUGGCCAGGGACAGAGAGCGCAUCCGCCUUCUGGACCUAUCAGGGAAUGAGCUGAACUAUCUGUCCUGUUUAAUGGACGAGGACUCGGUCCAGCUGCAGCUGGGUCAUCUCUUCCGCCUGGACCUGAGCCAAAACAGCCUAUCAGAGCUGCCCAGUUAUCUCUGUCAGAGCCUGCAGAGCCUGACGCGUCUAGAUCUCCAAGACAACCAGCUGACAUCACUUCCUGCCGAACUCCUGAGCCUACCUGUACUGAGCGUGCUCAAUGUGUCCCGGAACCACGUGGGUCCGGAGCUGCUGUUAAACCCCGAGGUCCAAAGCCCAAGCCUUCGUCAGCUGAACCUGUCCUUCAAUAAAAUCGUCACCUUCCCUUACCAGCUUUGUCACGCCAUGCACAAGCUAGAGGAGCUCUCACUGGAAGGAAACCAGAUCUCUGAGCUGUGCGUCCCUCUGUGUAUGGCGGAGCUGAAGGUUUUGGAUGUGAGCAAGAAUGUGGUUCAGAGCAUCUCCAGUGAUUUUCUGUCUCAGUGCUUUAAGCUGGAGACCCUCAACGCCUCUGUCAACAAACUCAGUGAUCUGAGCCACCUUCCUCCCAAACUGACUACACUGAAGCUGGCUCAGAAUAACUUCAGCACUGUUCCCAAGGCCAUUCUCUCCCUGCCCAGUUUGCGGUCUGUGGACAUGAAGAGCAACCACAUCACGGUGCUGCCUGGCCCGCCGGCCUGGGUAUCCGGUAAUCUCAGAGAGCUGAUCUUCGGCGAGAACCAGAUCUCAGUGCUGGACCUGAGCGGAUCCGUAUCGAAGUGGAUCAGGCUGGAAAAACUCCAUUUGAACAAGAACAAGCUGACAGAGAUUCCUCGUGAGAUUGGGCAGCUGGAGGACCUGAUGUCUCUGGACGUGAGUCGGAACAGCGAGCUGCGCUCCUUCCCAGAUGAGCUGGGAAAACUAGGAAAACUCUGGGACCUGCCACUGAAUGGCUUACGCCUCCAGCUGGACCUGAAGCAAAUCGGCAAGAAAACCAAAGACAUUGUCAGGUUUCUGCGGCAGCGUCUGAAGAAGGCUGUGCCGUAUUUCCGGAUGAAACUGAUCGUGGUUGGGAAUCCUGGCAGUGGAAAAACCACGCUGAUCCAGCAGCUCAUGAAACUCAAACGUUCCCAGUGGCGUUCCGAUUCGCACGGUGCCGGAAUCCACAUCAGAGACUGGGCCGUACGCUACAAAGACAAGAAAAACAUGAUACUCAAUGUUUGGGAUUUCUCAGGCGGGGAAGAGUACAGCGGAGCGCUCCCUCAUUUUCUGACCUCCAGGGCCUUGUACCUGGUGGUUUACGACCCCAGCAAAGGCAGUGACCAGGUGGACAGCAUCAAACCCUGGCUCUUUAACAUUAAGACCCUAGCUCCUACAUCUCCUGUGAUCCUAGUUGGAACACAUAUGGAUGAGUGUGAAAACAGCUCCCUGCAGGAGUGUGUGAGUAAAAUCCAGGAGGAGCUGCAGGUGGGCCAGGGUUUCCCUGUUAUCAGAGACCACCACACGGUGUCCGCGUGCACGGAAACGGACUCGCUGAGCCGACUACGGAAAGCCAUCAUCAAAGAGGUCACGACUUUUAAGUUACAGGGCCAGUUGGUGAUGGGCCAGCUGGUUCCGGAGUGCUAUGUGGAACUGGAGAAGCGGGUCCUGUCUGAGAGGGUGUGUGCCCCCCCGGAGUUCCCUGUACUCCAGCACUCCUCUCUGCUCCAGAUCAUCCAGGAGAACCAGCUCCAGCUGGACGAGGGAGAGAUCCCACACGCUGUGCACUUCCUCAGCAAUGCUGGCAUCCUCCUGCAUUUUGAGGAUCCUGUGCUCCAGCUGAGGGAGGUGUACUUUAUAGACCCACAGUGGCUCUGCAACAUCAUCUCACAGGUUGUGUCACGUUCACUGUUUGGAGAGAACUGUAAAGCACUGGUACAGAGUUCAGCGGUGGAGAAGUUUCUCGUCCAGAGCCGGUGCUUCCCUAAGGAAUGGCUCACUCAGUAUCUCAAACUGUUAGAGACCUUUCUCAUCACUCUGCCCUUCGGUGAAGGACAGCUGCUAGUGCCCGGCAGUCUUCCAGGUCAAAGGCCGUCGAUAGACCUACCUCACUUUGAGAAGUCGGAGGUCAUCGUGCGUCUGUAUGAGAUGCGUUAUUUCCCCAUGGGCUUCUGGACCCGACACAUCAGCCGACUGCUUGAGGUCUCCUCCUUCAUACUGGGAGGCACAGAGAAAGCUUUGAAGCCCAGACGUGUCUACUGGAAGACCGGGGUCUACCUACAGUGGUCCUCAGAGGCUUACUGUGUGGUGGAAGCAUCGAUACCAGAGGACACCCCCUCCAGCUUCAUCAAGAUCACUGUUCCCUGCUCACGGAAAGGUCGUGUGCUGCUGGGACAGAUUGUGGACCACAUCGACUCUCUCCUGGAGGAAUGGUUCCCCGGACUCCUGACCACCGAUAUCCACGGCAACGGUGAAGCCAUGCUGAAGAAGUGGGUUUUGUACAGCUUCGAUGACGGACAGGAGUGGAGACAGAUGCUGUUGGAGGAUCUUGCGGCUCAUAUUGAGCAAAACAAUGCAUCUGACUGUCUCCUGAAGGACCCUGCAGACCCCCGCAGCACGGUUCCCGUCACUCAGAUCUCCCCAGACCUGCUUCUGAGUGACCAGCCAGCCUGCAUCAUGCUCAACCCAGACCAGCUGCAAAUGAACGAGUCCAAAGAGUACCUGCUGGGUGAUGGAGGCUUUGGCUCUGUGUAUAGAGCCGUGUAUAAGAAUGAAGAUGUGGCAGUGAAGGUGUUUAAAAAGCACGCCACAGAGCUGUAUGUACACAGACUGGUGAGACAGGAGCUGACUGUGCUGGGCAGACUGCACCACCCGAGUCUUGUGGGGCUGUUAGCUGCGGGGACAUGUCCGUACAGGCUGGUGAUGGAGUUAGCUCCACGCGGCUCUCUGGACUCACUGUUUGAACAUGAGAACGGCAGCCUGAACCGCAAACUCCAGCACAGGAUAGCACUGCAGGUGGCCGACGGCCUCAGGUAUCUUCACAAAGCCAUGAUUAUUUACCGGGACCUGAAACCUCACAACGUUUUACUGUUUAAUCUGAGAGCAGACUCAGAGAUUAUCGCCAAGAUUACAGAUUAUGGCAUCGCGCAGUACUGCUGCAGUAUGGGAGUGAGGAGCUCAGAGGGCACACCAGGUUUCCGUGCGCCUGAGGUUGCCCGCGGAAACGUGAUCUAUAACGUGAAAGCGGACGUGUUUUCGUUCGGCCUGCUCCUGUAUGACCUUUUGACCUGUGGCGAGAGAAUCGUGGACGGUAUGAAGUUCCCCAGUGAAUUUGAUGAGAUCGUCGUGCAGGGCAAGCUCCCAGACCCAGUGAAGCACUACGGUGUUCCUCCAUGGCCAGGGUUCCAGGAGCUGAUGAGGGACUGUUUGAGAGAGAGCCCUCCAGACAGACCCACCUCUGCACAGGUGUUUGAGCGUCUGAACUCUGGAGAGAUGUUGUGUCUGAUGAGAGAGGUCAUGCGGCGGGGGCUGUGUAGUGAAUGCCUGGCAGUGACGGGAGAGAGAGGCGGCGAUGGCGGCAGGGUUCGCGUGUGGACGGGCGGCGGCAGCCGAGGCCAGAAGAAAGGUUGUCUCACGUCUUUGGACCUGGAGACAGAGGAAAGUGUCACGCAGAAGAUUGACAGCAGUCCUGUCCUGUGCCUAGUGGCCGUGAGAGUGCCUGGUGUGCCCUAUGAUUGGCUGGUUGCUGGAACUGAGGCAGGGUCACUCAUUGUCAUAGAUACAAAGAAUGCUCAGCUUUUACACAGUUUGAAAAAAGUGACGGAUUCAGUGACGUCUCUGUACUUUCACACACGUCCCAAAAGCAGCUAUUUGAAAAAUUACCUGCUUGUUGGGACAGCGAAUGGGAAUCUGUUUAUCUAUGAAGACACUGUCAUUGGGUGUGAGGAUGGAGCUCCAGUGAAGGAGGUGCGGGUGGGGGAGCCAGACACCCCGGUGAUGGGGCUGAGUCUGUCGGCUCACUCCCAUGACAGGAAGAUCGUCUGGGCAGCCUGUGGUUCCAGGGUCCUGUCCCUCACCAUGGACUAUGAAGUGUGGAAGACCAUGGACACCAGCCAACAGCAUGUGGUGGGCAGUGAGGCGCCUAUCUGUCGUUUGGCGGUGGAAAAACAUGUGUAUGUGAGUCGAACCCGUGGCUGUAGUGUGGAAGUCUGGGACAAAAAGAGUCAGAAGAUAGUCCAUGUUAUUGACUAUGCACAACUGCUCAGUAAAGGCAAGAGGUUGAGUAAUGAGAGGGCUGGAGAGGAUCGGUUGUCGUUGGCCACAAUAAAAGCCCUGCUGGUGCAGCCCGGCACUGCCCUGUGGAUCGGAACCAGACAGGGACACAUCCUGCUGGUGGACCUGUCCACCCAUCAGCCACUGCAGCUCAUCAACACACACUGUCAGUCCAUACGCGCAAUGGCCUCUGUAUUCAUAGAAACAUUAAAUCGGAAGGACAUGAUCCUGGUUUUGGGGAGAAGACUUCAGAAGACCCAAGACCUAAGUCAGUCUACGUGUGACGGGGACUCGGUGAUGGUGUGGAACAGUGCUCUUCCUCUGGAGGUGAAGGAUCUAAACAGACACUGUGAGCUCAGAGAAGAGAUUGCUGCCAAGAUGAGGGAGCAGCUCCAUGACUGACCUCCCUGUAUGAACACGCACACUACUGUGAUGUCACACACCUGAUGUCACUUAGAAUGCCGAGAGCCAAUCAGAAUCAGGCAUAUUUCAGUGUCACAGUUGAGA